GUAUAUGGUCUCACCAUCCCUGAUGUGAAAAAAUUACUUGAGCACUGUCUGGAAAACAACUAUGUACGCUUCGGUACAAAAUAUUACAAGCAAACCCAGGGGAUAGCUAUGGGAAGCCGUAUAGCCCCUCCCCUGGCUAUCCUCUUCAUGAACGCAGUAGAAACACGCAUACUAGCAUCGGAUAGACUACAACCUGCACUUUACCUUAGAUACAUCGACGAUAUUUUUGGUAUUUGGACCCAUGGCUCGCAAAACUUAGAUGAAUACAUACAGUUCAUUAAUAGCUUCCAUCCUUGUCUAAAAUUCAGCUUCGAACGCACCGAUCUCUCGUCACAAAGACAAAUUCCCUUCCUUGAUACACUAAUCACUGUAGAACCCUCAGGAGCAUACACCACAGAACUUUAUGUUAAGCCAUCAGCAGCCCCUAUCAUAUUACAUUUUGACUCCAGCCACCCUAUGCAGACCAAAAGGAGCCUCAUACACUCUCAGUCGCUUAGAGCUGUUCGUUUGGGGUCUGAUAAAGCAGCACAGGACCGGGGUCUACAAAAAAUAACGGACAUAUUCAUUUCCAGCGGCUAUCCGAUUAAACUGAUUCGUAACAUACAAAACGCAAUCAGAUAUAAAAACAAACAAUCUCAAAAGAAAAAGUCUUCUCCCAAUAUUACCUACAUAUCUCUACCUUACAUUGACGAAACCCUCACACGUAAAGUCAACGCAGCAGUGAAGUCCUCAGAUUUGGAUAUUCGAGUUGCGUGGAAAAGCGGACCUACACUCUCAAAUCAACUGACCUCGUCUGCACUGCAACCCCCUGAUUGUCCCAGGGGGUGUCGUAAGACUUGCAGUACGUGUGAGGUUGGCCUCAAAGGUAGAUGCCAUACCAAAAACGUUGUGUAUGAGAUUAAAUGUAAAAUGUGUGGAGAUACAUACAUUGGUAAAACUAAACGCAUGGUGAGGACUAGAUUUAUGGAACACUUGGGAGACGCUAGGAACAAAAGGAAAGGUACUGACCUAGGUGAUCAUAUACUGACAGCACACCCCACAGCACAACCGAUGAACACUGACUUCGAAAUUUCUAUUCUUCAUAGAUGCAAGGACGAAGCGAACCUUUUAAUAACUGAAUCAAUUGAGAUAAGAAACAAAAAACCAGCACUUAACAAAAACACAUCAUCAUGGCGCUUACUCCAUCCAGUUCCCUACACAUCAUCAUAUGCACAUUAGCGCUUGUUCCUUGGCUUGUUCUGUUGGUAGCGUUAUAUGACACCGAUACCUACAUAGUAGCAGUAGUUCCUUUCGUGUCUAACAGAUGGCUCCAGUAGGCAGCGCCUGUAGAUAUGCUGUACCGCCGAACACUGAUUAUGAUUGGGUAUUAUAGGUCAUUGUUAGCUGUGAUUUAGAAUGAUGUGUAUGUAUUAGUGUGCGCGUAGUACGAAUUCUGAGAUGGAAUGAUAGCGUAAUUCGCGUAGUACGUAUUGUGUUGUCGACUGUUAAAUAGGUAUACGUAUUUAUUAACAAAGACAAAUAAUAGCGCGCAGUACGCACUUAGGGGUCGAUCUUAAAAUUAUUAUUCGUCUAAAUCUCAAGAUAUCUGUUAAUCCUUUCACGAUAUUUAUUGCAUGCGCAUGAUUUGUGUCUGAGCUUGGCCUGCAUCUCUGUGUUCUAUUUGUUGAAUUUACCUAUAUGUAUCCGAAGAAGCCCCGUGGGUGAAACGUAAUACAACUAUUCUAUCAA